AUGAACAAACAAGAAGACUUUGAACUUGCUCCUAUUGACCCCGAGAUCGAACGCACUUUCAGAAAAAGGAGGAAGGCUCAAAAGGCUAACAGCCGAGGCACUAUGGCUGAGCAUGUUGAUGAAGAGGGGGAUGGCCAGCAAGUUACUAAUCCCAUUGUUUUGGCGGAUGACAGAGCUAGAGCAAUACGGGAAUACGCUGCCCCUAUGUUUAAUGAGCUAAAUCCAGGCAUUGUGAGGCCAGAAAUACAAGCAGCUCAAUUCGAGCUCAAGCCAGUGAUGUUUCAAAUGCUCCAAACCGUGGGGCAGUUCAGCGGGAUGCCAACGGAGGAUCCUCAUCUCCACCUCCGUUCAUUCUUGGAGGUGAGCGAUUCCUUUAAGCUUCAAGGAGUGAGUGAAGAAGCAUUAAGGUUGAAGCUAUUUCCAUUCUCGUUAAGAGACCGAGCUAGAUCAUGGCUCAACACUUUGCCUCCUGAUUCCGUCACAAAUUGGAAUGAUCUUGCUGAAAAGUUUCUGCGCAAAUAUUUCCCUCCCACCAAAAAUGCAAAAUUUCGAAGUGAAAUCAUGUCAUUCCAGCAGCUUGAAGAUGAAUCAACCAGUGAUGCAUGGGAGAGAUUUAAGGAGCUUUUGCGGAAGUGUCCACACCACGGCAUCCCGCACUGUAUACAGAUGGAGACCUUCUAUAAUGGCCUCAAUGCAGCUUCUAGAAUGGUGUUAGAUGCCUCGGCCAAUGGUGCUAUCUUGUCCAAGUCUUAUAAUGAAGCUUUCGAAAUUCUGGAAAGGAUAGCCAGUAAUAAUUAUCAAUGGUCCAACACAAGAGCUCCAACAAGUAGAAAAGUGGCAGGGGUUCUUGAAGUAGAUGCAGUAACAGCUUUGACAGCCCAAAUGGCCUCCAUGACUAAUAUUCUGAAAAAUCUGAGUUUGGGGAACAACAUUCAGCCAGCUGCUGCUAUUCAAAGUGGAGACAUUUCCUGUGUAUAUUGUGGAGAUGGGCACAUGUUUGAAAAUUGCCCUUCUAACCCAGCAACAGUUUGUUAUGUGGGAAACCAGAAUUUUAACCGAAACAGUGGCCCAUACUCAAAUUCGUAUAACCCAGCUUGGAGGCAGCAUCCGAAUCUAUCUUGGGGGGGUCAAGGAGCAAGUUCCAGCAACGCACCAGCACUAGGAAAGCAAGCUUAUCCACCAAGUUUUUCUCAGCAGCCAAGGAUUUCGCAACCACAGCACCCUCAAAACUCUCAAUCCAAUUCUUUGGAGAGUUUAAUGAGGGAUUAUAUGGCCAAGAAUGAUGCAGUGAUACAGAGUCAGGCAGCAUCUCUUCGAAACCUUGAAAUGCAGCUGGGGCAAUUGGCCAAUGAAUUAAAAAAUAGGCCUCAAGGUUCUUUGCCUAGUGACACGGAGAAUCCAAGGAGGGAUGGGAAGGAACAUUGCAAGGCUAUCAAUCUAAGGAGUGGAAAAAUUCUGGAAAAUUCUGAGGAGAAAAUAAAGGGCAGUGGGGAGCCCACUUCAAUCCAAACUGAAGGAGAAUCUAGUAAAAAACCAGCAAAAGAAGUUACUGAAACUGGCUUAGUUGAUACAACAUCGGGUCAGCAAUAUGUUCCAGUAAAGUCUAUACCAAAACCGCCCCUACCAUUUCCUCAGCGAUUUCGCAAAUAG